CCCAGAGAGGGAGGGAGAAGGAGCGCUACGUCAAACGCUAGCACCGUCAGUUUUUAAAAUAUAAAUCUUAAUUUAUUAAUUCCUCGUCUCGUCAAGGACUAUUUUAUCAGUUUCACUCACUGAGACGACUCGCGUAUUAUCAAGGUCAGUGAGGAUGCCUUCUGUGAAGUAUCAGAGAGGGGAAUUGGUGAUGGGCCGCUGGCCUGGCAGCAGCCUAUAUUAUGAAGUCAAGGUGCUGGGCUUUGAUACCAAAUCCCAGCUUUAUACGGUCAUCUACAAGGAUGGCACUCAGCUGGAGCUCAAGGAGCAAGAUAUCAAGAGUACUGCGGGCUUCCAGGCCCGUUCUCGCUCCCGCUCUCGCUCCCGAUCACCAGGCCGUCGCCGCAGCCGGUCGCGCUCCCCAGCAAGGACCACUCGUCGCUCAUCCUCCCGCACGGCAGCGGCUGUUGCUACUGCAGCUAUAACAGAGAGUGCACCUUCGUCCCGCAAGGAUACGAAGCUGAAGGAUUCGCUAGAAGUCGUGCUCACUCCCCUGCAACAGACAAAGGCAGCUGAGAACAAUAGCAACAAUAAGCUUGAAAAGAAAGAGGAGAAACAAAAAGAGGAGAAUAACACUGCUAACAAAGUAAAUGAGCCCAAAGCUACGGUAGACGCAGAGUCUGUGAUGAACCUAGGCCGUUACAAUCUGCGCCGCAGGAAGGAUGAUGGAGAUGCCAAACCAGCUGAGACCAAAGAAGAGCAGCUGGAGGAGAAAGAUGCCAAGCCUCCUGCAGCUCCUGCUGUCUCCCCCUCCACCCCGCUUGACUUUGGUGGGAAGAUAGGAGCAUACUUCUGGCUGCUCUUCUUGCCAGCCUGGGUUCUCUUUGUGAUACUUCAAGUCAACCUGGAUGACCCCAGCCUGGUUAACUUCCCUCCUCCUCUUCCCCCUCUUGAAGACUUCUUGGAUGCCCAGGCUCUUGGCUUUGUCGUCCUCUGGAUUUUAUUCCAGGCCCUGCUCUACAUUCUGCCUGUUGGGAAGCUGAGUGAAGGCAUGCCACUGAGGUCCGGGGAGAGGCUGAAGUACAGAACCAAUGGUUUCUUUGCCGUUGUAGUGAGUUCUUUAGCGGUAGCAGCAGCAGUGUACCAGGGUGUUGACCUCACCUACAUCCAUAGCCGCUUCCUGCAGCUGGCUACAGCCACCUUCCUCAUCUCCAUCCUGCUCAGCAUCUACCUGUAUGUCCGCUCUCGAUAUGCUGCCCCAGAGCAGCUGGCACUGGGGGGAAACUCUGGCAAUGUGGUUUAUGACUUUUUCAAAGGACAUGAGCUCAAUCCCCGCAUCAAAGACUUUGAUCUGAAAUUCUUCUGCGAGAUGCGCCCUGGUCUGAUUGGCUGGUGUCUGAUCAACUUUGCGAUGGCGCUGGCUGAGAUGAAGAAGCAGAAUCUGGAGGCUCCAUCUUACUCCAUGAUCCUUGUGAACCUCUUCCAGCUGCUCUACGUGGUGGACGGUCUCUGGAAUGAGGAGGCCAUUCUGACCACCAUGGACUUGAUGCACGAUGGUUUUGGCUUCAUGUUGGCAUUUGGUGAUCUGGUGUGGGUUCCCUUCACUUACACCCUGCAGGCCUAUUACCUGGUCAGCCACCCCAACCCCCUGAGCCUCCCUGUCCUCGCUGCCAUCGUCACACUCAAGCUCAUUGGCUUCUACAUCUUCAGAAAAUCCAACUCUGAGAAGAACAACUUCAGAAGAAACCCCUCAGACCCCAAACUGUCUUAUCUGAAGACUAUCCCCACAGCCACAGGGAAGAGUCUGUUGGUGUCUGGCUGGUGGGGUGUGGUGCGGCACCCUAACUACCUGGGAGACCUUCUGAUGGCUCUGGCCUGGUCUCUACCCUGUGGCUUCAACCACCUCCUGCCGUGGUACUACAUGAUCUACUUCAUCAUCCUGCUCGUGCACCGAGACUCCCGCGACAUGAGCGAGUGCAGGAGGAAGUACGGCUCAGCGUGGGACGAGUACUGCCGAACUGUUCGGUACCGGAUCAUUCCCUGUGUCUACUGAGGCACCUGCCGCUGGACACUCCCGAGCUGAGGCCUUUUACACAAUUAUUAUGACUGUGAAGUCUCACCAAAAAAAAACAACAAAAAACCUUAAUCCAAAAAACAAAUAUGAAUUGACUGAUUGGACUUUUUUGAACCAAGAUAAUUAAAAUCUUGUCUCUGGACUGAAGGAGCUACAGUACUUUUUAAUUUUUUUUUUGAUGGAAGAAAAAAAUGACACUCAUUGGUAUUGUGUACUAUUUGAAGAAUUGCCUUUUUUAAUAGAAAAUACUCAAAAUAUAGACUUUAAAAGUGUGCAGAAUCUGGGGGGGAAAGACAAAAAUGCCUCUGCUAGGAAUGUCUUGUUGGGAUGUAUAUUUUUGUACAUACACAUUUGUUUUUAUACUUAAAGAAUAUCUUACUAUUUGCAAAAAUUUUGGUAAGUUUUACUCUUUGCUCCCAAAUUCAAAAUGUUACAAUAUCAGCUUGGCUAUUCUGAAAAAUUUUGUAAGUACGCCUUCCUAUUAUAAUUAUACUGCUUGUGUAUAUUGUGAAGGAUGGGAUUAAAAAUGCUACUUUUUUUAUAACCUGCACAGUGGAACGAGGACUCAUGUUCUUUCUCAGGACCCAGAAAUUUGUCAGAAAGAUGAAUUAGAUGAGUUUUGUCGGAAUAAUUUUGUUGUGUAUAAUUUUAUAUAGAUAUGUAGUUUUGACUUGAGAGUGUAAAAUGAUUUUGGAGGUUUCAAGAAAAAUGCACUAAUGUUUUAAGGCAUAUUUUUUUUCUUAUAUUUUAAAUCCCAAAGUGUAUUUGAUUUGGCUUUGCUACCUCAGGUUCACUCACUCUGCAGUUCUUCCUCUGUGUGUAAUUAUGAGUGUGAUGUCACUGCUUAAGGAAGUAAAAUGAGUUAGACUGUUUUUCAUUUCAAUAAUGAUGUUACCACGUUUUAAUGAACAAGUGGCAUCCAUCCGCAUCAAACUUGUCAUGCCUAAACCUAACCCUUCCAAACUGCUUUUAUUUCCUGCAUUUAUAGGGCGCUGAUACCAUCUGUAUUUUGUCCUGCUAGAUUCUUGAGCAUAUUCUCUAUUAUGAACUGGUUGUUAGUUUCCCACCACUGCCACAUGAAUUUGGUUGAAACCUAUUUAAGCUUUAGCCUAGUCAAAUGACAAUGGCAGUUUUAAUGAAGUUUAUACUGUGACAACAUGAAGAGCUGUUGACUGUGUUAGCAUUUACAAACUGCAUUUGCAAACCCAAAAAUGUGUUUUUAUGCCUGUGCAGCUGUAGAUGAGUACAUCAGUAGCAAUAAUUAACUAGAAUAGGUAGCAUUUUUUAUGCUGUGCUGACUGAAUAAUAUGUAAAUAUUGUUUUGUUUUGUUUUGUUUUAAAAUUCUGUUAUUUUCAGUAAAAAUGUGAGUAGUGAUCAUAGUUAUGUUUCUCAUUAGCUAUUUAAUAUUGCUUUUUAUUUGUUUGGUUUUUUUAAUUAACUACAUAAUUUUGACCACUGUAGUUAUGUUUACACUUAGAACUGCCAUGUUUCUGGAAAAUACUUCAAAUUGUAUUUAAACAAAUGUCAGAUGGUCUGUAACAUGUUUUGACCUGAUCAGAAAGAAAUUAUUUUUGAUACCAGGGAUGCCACCCACCUAUAUGCCCAGGACAAAUUAUGGCGAUAUUUUUUUUUCUCUUAUUAUUAUGGUGGCAAACUUGUCUCUUGGUUGGCAGUCUGAGUGGAAAGCAAUAAGUUGGAUGUACUUGGACAUAUGACAACAAUGAAUGAGAAGUAACCAGGUCCAGCAGGUUGUCAGUGAGGAUGAAUCACAUCUGUGACAGUGGCUGGAAAAAGCUUAUCUGUACAAACGUUGCAGCAUAAAAUAAAGGUUUACAGUAUUUUC